AUGGCAAACAACACAAACGGAGGCGAAGUUCAAGAAUACUUGUAUAAAAUUCUAGUGGUUGGUGAUAUUGGUACAGGAAAGACUAGUAUCAUCAAACGAUAUGUACAUAAUAUUUUCUCCAAUUCAUACAAGUCAACUAUUGGAGUUGAUUUUGCUCUCAAAGUUUUGAAUUGGGAUGAUAAUACUAUUAUCAGGCUUCAAUUGUGGGAUAUUGCAGGACAGGAAAGAUUUGGAUCUAUGACUAGAGUGUACUACAAGGAAGCUGUAGGCGCUUUUGUUGUGUAUGACAUUACACGUCCACCAACUUUUGAAGCAGUUCAAAAAUGGAAGAGUGAUAUUGAGCACAAGGUCUUCCUUCCUGAUGAACGUCCAAUUCCUUGUGUUUUACUGGCAAACAAAUGUGACCUUCCAAGUGCUGUCACAAAGACAAAGGAAGAAAUGGAUCAAUAUUGCCAAGAAAAUGGUUUUAUUGGUUGGUUUGAAACAAGCGCAAAAGACGACAAAAACAUUAAUCAAGCUGCAAACUUUUUAGUGAAGAAGAUUUUGGAAAACCAUGCUGAAAUGCACAAACAACAAGGAGAGGAACAGAAAGACAGCUCAACAAUUAUAUUUGACAACAAGCCUCAACCUUCGGAACAACAACGACCAAGUAGCGGAUCUGGUUGUCAAUGUUAA